GCCAGCCCAAGCGAAAAAUCCGACAAAAAGAAUAAAAUUCCAAGUCGGCAAUACUUACAAUAUCACGUAUCUGUCAGAUACAAAAUUUUGUCGUAUCGCACAGUACGCUCCCAGAAAUAUUUGCAGUUUAGCGGAAAACGUACAUCAGCGAAGACAUGAAGGAGAACCAAAACUGGAACUGGGACACUAAACCAGUUCUGGUCAAAUGCGGAGGAUUCUCCUCGCAAUUGGCCAGGAAUGUGAACGAAAAAGUGGACGGUGAUCCACUGUGGGGAUCUCGAUUUGAUGCCACCAAUCCAGAGGCUGUGGUCCAAACACAUUUGGAUUUUCUCCGCAACGGCGCGGAUAUUAUUCUAACCAACACAUAUCAGUCCAGCGUCGAGGGUUUCGUAAAGUACCUGGGCGUGACCAAAGAACGAGGUGUGGAGUUGAUCCGAAAGAGUGUUCAACUGGCCAGGCAGGCAAAGGAACAGUACCUAACAGAAAUCGGUUCUGAAUUGGAGUCGUCUCUUCCCCUGAUACUGGGCUCAAUAGGUCCAUAUGGCGCAUGUCUCCACGAUGGAUCUGAGUACUCCGGCAACUAUGCGCACAAGAUAUCCAAGGAGCAGCUGAAGACGUGGCACAGGACGAGAAUCGAGAUUUGUCUCCAAGCUGGCGUGGAUGGAUUGGCCCUGGAAACGCUUCCCUGUCAGCUGGAGGUGGAGGCGGUUACCGAAUUAGUACUGGACAACUUUCCGGAUGCCAAAUUCUGGGUCUCCUUGCAGUGCAAGGAUGAAAAGCACUUAGCUAGUGGAGAACCCUUCGCGGAGGCGGCUCUCUCUGUCUGGCGGUUGGUCCAAAGUCGGAAGGCUGAGAACCGGCUCCUUGGGAUCGGCCUGAACUGUGUAAACCCACUAUUCGUGACCCCUUUGCUAUCAUCGCUUACCAAAUUGGCCGGAUCGGAUCGCAUCCCUCUGGUGGUGUACAGCAAUCGCGGCGAGAUCUACGACGCGGAACAGGGAGAGUGGACUGGAACAGGCGAGGAUGUGGUCAAGUUUGUGCCCGAGUGGCUCCAGCUGGGAGCGCGCAUCGUUGGUGGCUGUUGCCGGGUCUAUCCGACGGACGUGUUGGCGAUUCGCAAGUACGUCGAUGGCCUCAACAUAAAGCCGUAAUCGGGCGAGAACUCCGGACACUGAUAGCAGCCUUGUCGCUAAUGCGAAAGCUGUUUCGUGUGACUAGACCUAGACCUAUUUAGUUUGCUAAAUACAUAUAUAUGUACUAGAUGUACCCAGAUCAGAUGGCUUCCUAAUCAGCAGAGAGUGGAAAAAAGCGUGGACGGCUGGCUGGGAGACAAACACAGAUUAUACGGGCGGACCAAAGGUAAACAAGAGGGCUGGGGAUAUGGGCAGACGUUCGCCCAACGACUGUUUUUGCAAACCUAGCUAAAUUUUUCAGUCCAAAUCAAAACAAUCUUUUAUAAAAUUAUAACACGUAAACAUGCAUUUGUCCUUUAAAAAACUUAUUGUGUACUUAGCUUUCUAUAUUUUACCCAAAUUAAAUUUUGACACAUAAUU